UAUGCUUACAAGGUAAAAAUGCUGAUUGAAAAGCCAUAUAUGGGGGUUAUAACAUAGAGGCGAUGGUGCUUUUAAAAUUAGCAGGCUACAUUCCCCGUCAGUUCUCAUGUAGACGCCGAGCAAGCUGUAGCAAUCAGAUCGGGCUUAUCGUUUGAAAGCAUGUCUUCAAAGUACGGUGGUGGGCCUAAGUGCCCCAAGUGUGACAAGACCGUGUACUCGGCCGAGGGACAGGCACUGCUCGGGAUGACCUUCCACAAAAGAUGCUUUACAUGUACCACUUGUAACAAAUCCUUGGACAGCACUACUGUAGCCGACAGGGGUGGUACGAUAUAUUGCAACUCCUGCUACGGGAAAGAGUUUGGACCGAAAGGAUACGGAUAUGGUGCGGGCGCCGGUGCUCUAAAAAACACAGGCAAAUCCUAGGAAUAAGUGCCAUAACGCCGUGUGGACUCGAAAAGUCGAACUACCCAACGACACUAUGUAUCUAUGUGUGAUAUAAGUAGCUUAGCUAUUAAUUCAUGUAUUGUUGUACGAGGAUCAAUAAUAAGUUUACAAAUAUA